AUGGCGGUCGGAUGCGAACGCCGGUCAUGCCAUAUUCUGGCCUUCUGCGGUUCCGAGAGGGGCCCCCCGGGGCGGGCACCUCCGAGGCUCCAGCUGGCGGCUCUCCACAGCCUUUGGUCGCGCCGCGCUUCAGCAAUCAGCCGCUCCGAGAAAGCCCCCCCAGGGUGGGCGGCACCUCCAAAACUCCGGGUGGCGGCCCUCCACUACCUCCGGAAGGAGAUGGUGCGGAUAUCCACAGUGAAUCACGCUUGGACGAGGAAGACAGUAGCGUUACCCAGCUUCCCGCCCCAAAACGCAGCAGCGAGCUUGGAGGACACGCUCGACGAUGUCUUAGAGGCGGAUGUGAAUUUCGACCCUCGGCACUGGAAUUUGAUGGAAGACGGCAACAUCAUCUGGGAAAAGCCACCCCCUCAACCGAAUGACGCCCACAAGCAGAGCACGUUGCCGGGGUUCUGCCGCGAGUCGAAGUCAACUGGAGGACCGAGGCGCAGACCCGGCCAGACCAGGAGCAAGGCAGAUGAAGCCUCUGCCUCCAGCCUCUCGACCGCUUCGCUUGAAGGGUGGGGCAAAGCCCCCAGCAAAAGCGCUAUUGCCUUCCCCUCAUUUGUUGGUACUUACGGAUGCCAACGCGCACACCCACAAGUCGAGCAUACUCCCGCCAUGAGCGAGCAGGCCGCGGAGCUGAUCGCCAACAACAGAGAGGGCCUCCGCGCCUAUGGGGUGCAAAGGGCGGCCGAGAUCGAAGCUAUGCGCACCGGCCCCGUCAGCAAGCCGGGCCCCUUGAUCAGCUGCAUGGCAGACAUGGCCGCACGCAUCGGAGCCGACGACACUGCCCCAAUCAAGCAGGAGCGAUCGACGUUGCGGGACUGGCUCGUCACGCGUGAGGAAAACCCCGAGCAGCCAACGUCCGACGCAAGGGGCGAGAGCAUCGAGGACACCAUGGGGGGCUCCGCAGACGAAGAUGACUGUGCGGCAACCAACAGCAAGCGUCAGGACGUGAGCAUGUGCGUGCAGUCACGACCGAAGACCGACGCCGCGGGGCAGUCUUGGUUCACCACGGAAAAGCCGCUGGAGCAGUGCCGACGGGCGAUGGCGGCUGGCGAAGACCGUAUCUUGAUCGUCUGCGACGUGUCGAAGCACUCGGGGGCGAAAAAGUACGGCAGCAUCCGCGACCCGUCCGCCUUGCAGGACUACGUCACGCGCCGCAAGGAGAUGAGCCUCGGCCACCCCAAUCUAUACGAGGGCUUGACCGAAGGCCUGCCGACCAAGCUGUACGCGGACAUCGACCUGCGGACGGCAAGCAGGGUGGAAGGGGCCUUCGAGCGGUACAAGAGGCACAUGGACGAAGUGAGAGACGCCUUUCUGGUGGACGUGAUGGGCAUCCCACCCGAGAGCAUCCGGUUCGAGUGCAGCGAGGCGCACGGGGACGCGGCCGACGGCGGGUACAAGUGGAGCACUCACGAGCUGUUGCGCGGAUACUACCUCGAGGACUUUCACGCCCGCAACGAGUACAAGAAGGCCUUUGAGCACUUUCAGAAGAACCUCUCCGCGCAUCUCUUGCACUGA